AUUUGCGCAUUUUGAAAAUCAUCGGAGCAAGUGCGCAGUUUGAGAGCCAUCGCAAAGGAAAUUGCAUGCGAUAAAUGCAUUGCUACGUAUAUACCGAACCGAGCUCUGGUCACACUGGAGAGAAAAAAGCAUAGCGAAGAAAAGAAAAUUCCCAGCGUCAUUUGUGCAGCAAAUUUGGUAAACAAUAAACAGAGGCUGAAAAAGUGAGCGGGCCCAUUCGGAAAGCAAACACUUUGACGGAGAUCGGUUGCGAGAACGGCCUCAAGAUUGGCAAGAUACGGAAGAGCAAGAAAAUGAGCUACAACGAGAAAUCGGAGGCCAUCACCAAGGAGGAGUGGCUGCAGCGCCUGGAGCAGUUCCCCUUCAAGCAGGCGGACAUGAAUCGGCUGAUCAUGAACUAUCUGGUCACAGAGGGUUUCAAGGAGGCCGCCGAAAAGUUCCAGCACGAGGCGGACUUGGAGCCCAGCGUGGAGCUGAGCACCCUGGACGAGCGCAUCCUCAUCCGCGAGGCCGUGCAGGCGGGCCGCAUCGAGGUGGCCACCCAGCUAGUCAACCAGCUGCAUCCGGAGCUGCUCGGCAGCGAUCGCUACUUGUUCUUCCAUCUGCAGCAAUUGCAGCUCAUCGAACUGAUUCGCGCUGGGAAGGUGGAGGAGGCCCUGGCCUUCGCCCAGACCAAGCUGUCCGAGUCCGGCGAGGAGGCCAUGUUCGAGCUGGAGCGCACGCUGGCCCUGUUGGCCUUCGAGAAGCCGCAGGAGAGCCCGUUCGCCGAUCUGCUGGAGCAGUCGUACCGCCAGAAGAUCGCCAGCGAGCUCAACUCGGCCAUUCUGCGCUGCGAGCACAGCGAGGACUCCACGCCCAAGAUGAUGUUCCUGCUGAAGCUGAUCUUGUGGGCCCAGUCCAAGCUGGACAGCCGCUCCAUCAGCUAUCCCAAGAUGAAGAACCUGGAGACGGCGCACCUGGAGCCCAAGUAGGGCUCAUCGAGAGACGCUGUGGGUCUGCCAGCCCUCCCUCCUUCAACCUUUUUUUGCUAAUGCUAUUGCUAUUGUAUCUCUUUUUAAUAAGUAUGUAUGUAUGUAUGCUGGAUGUACGCAGUGAUUAUUAAAUAAGUAGCCGGAA